AUGGUUGCCAGACCUGUAGCCAACGUUCCUUCAGGGCCUCACCUGAAACCUCGCAAUCAUGAAUCGAUGGAAGGGAUUCAAUCUUGGGAGUCCUCGUCCGAUGUAUUCACGGUUGAAUCUCGCUCUGCGAUCCAUAUCCCAUACAGCCACUAUGCGCUGGCAUAUCUUGAUGUGUCUGGGAAUGUCCGCUAUGAGCUUUCUCCAUCUAUGCUUGAUCAUAAGAGCGAAAUAUUUCUUCAGGACUUCGAAGAGCGGUUUUUCCAGCAUGCUUCCCAAUCAAUGUUUCCAGGCCAAUUUCGUACAAACCCAACACGCAAUCCAAGAGCUAGGCGACCCCGAUAUCUAUCUUCCUACAAAAACAUGCCUGCACAGAAGCGCCAGCGAUUGGAGUAUACAGUAAAUGCAGUAUCUGAGGAAAAGGAUGACGAAUUUGAAGACCAGCCUGCGAACAAUAUUGGCUUGCCCAUUGGAAACGAGGAAAAAAUGCUGGCUUAUUAUGCAGAAGCCUUCAGAGCCUUUCAGCAGAUCAACUGUCGCCAAGUUGCAAAGGCUUAUAUCAAGCUCAUUGAGCCUCGGAAGCAGGCAAAGCAUCCAUACAAUGGAGGAAAGGCGGGCCCAGGAGAGAUCAGGGAUCCUGAGAAAACUAAGCCAGAGUGGUGGCCUACCGAUGUGAUUCAUAAAGAACCUGACCAUCUAAAGAAAAUUCCGCGUGUGAAACUUCUUAUUCAUAUAUUUCGCAAUUUGAGCAAAUCGCACGGUAUCACGGCCCGGAAACUCAAAGCCGCUGGUGAAGAAGCGCAAAAACAAUGUAGGCUUCCUGAAAAGGCAUCUAUUCUGGAUGAAAUAUACCGCGUUAGGGAGGAGGAAGAGCGUUAUGAGCGGGGAGAAAUCGAUGCCGAUGCUUUGGUUUAUGUUGUCAAAAGAGAAAAGAUGAAUCGUGGCAUUAGGGAGGACUCGGAAACUGCGUCUGACUCUGAGCAACAAGUCUAUGUACCAGAGCUAGCGAGUCUAAAUGAGCAGCAAAGCAGCAUGAAAAUGACACCCCAUGUUUUGCCAAUGCACAACCGGGUCGUUCCUACCUUUGACUUCGGCGAGAACAGGAAUACGCUUUUUUCAACCACAAUAUCGGCUCCUUUUGAAUAG